UUAUUGGUUGUUGACUUCGCUUGUCAAUGUCAAGGUAAUUGUUGAUGUUUUGUUUUGAAUGAAUCUCCGCCAAAUUUUAAAAUAUUAAAUAAACAAGGAUUCUAACGAAAGCAAUGGUUCUGAAAGUUAAUUAUAAUGUUUUUUUUGAAUAAUAAAAUUACAAAUGGCAACAGAAAAUCAAGGUGAUAAUAUAAAAAAAUAUGAAUUAAAGCUUAAAUCUAGGCCUAAAGAUGGAGUUAUAUUACAACUUCAUCACACGAUUCGAGGAUCGAAUGGAGAGAGCAGGCGUAUUCGCUUUACAAUUGGAAGCUUUGAAGACAUUCAAAAUAAGCUUGCAUGCGCCGAUAAUGUCGGCAAUAUUUUUCUCUUAAACUUUGCUGAUUUACAAUUCUGGAAACUGAAAAACUUUGGUCCAUGCACUGCAUUGCAAUUUGUUCCUUAUGAUCUGGAGACUCUAGUUGUCGCUACGACUAAAAAUUUGGAAAUUGUAUUUGUUGAUAGUGAAACUACAAAAGUUACGCUUACAUUGACAGGUCACACAGCUCCUAUAAAACAUAUUUCAUUUUCAAACAGCAAAAUUAACAAUUUACUCACAGCUAGUUCAGUUGAAGCUAUUCUGUGGGAACUUAAAAAUCAUACCAAAUACUUUACUCUGAACACUAAUUCUGGACCUCAAAUUCAACAGAUUUUAUUUACACCAUCUAGUGAAUAUUUGGUAGCAUGUUUCCAAAAUGAUACCGUUCAAAUUUGGAGACAUGAGACAAUGAAAUCUGUUAAACAAAUAAUACCGAAUGAGUUGAAGCACUUAAAGAAUGUUGCAUUCACUAUGAACGGCAGAGCAAUGGCCAUGGCCGGUCUGGCACCUGUGUUGAUCUUAUUCAGUUUGGAUACAUGGAAAGCAUUAAAAUCUAUUGAUUUGCUAAAAUACAAUAUUUCAGGCGUUCAACAACUUUAUUUUAUACCUCAAAUGUUUGAUGGAGGUAGUAAUAAAAUUCUAGCCCUGUUGAGCAGCGACUGUAUUUUAUAUUUCUUUGACAUUGAAGCACUAAAGAUGACACAUAAAAUUCAUCCAGAGUCAUCAGGAAUAAGAAAAUUUGUUGUAAGUCCUACUGGGAAACAUUUUCUUUGUAUUUUACAACAAGGUGAAGUUAAUAUUUACAAUUCAUCUUAUGUCAUGGAGUAUGCCCAAAGUUCAUUUGAUGAAAAAAUAUUGGAAAAGAUGCCUUGUUCUUCAAUAUCUCGCAAAUGUGUGGAACAUUCAUCCAAAAGAGUCGAAGUCCAGCAAAGAAUGAGAAUCUGUAUGGACAGUGCUAGAUUGAGAAGAAUUUUAAUGCAGUAUGGAGAGUAUCCUGAUAAGUUUCGCUCAAUAAUUUGGAGAUCAUUACUAGUUACCCCAAGAAAUAAAACAGCUUAUUCAGUUUUAGUUGAUAAAGGAAUUCAUCCUGCUUAUAAAGACAUUGAGAACCAAUUUACUAUUCAUAGCUCUGUUACUCUAAAGAACUUAAAAAGGCUUCUCUCUUGCCUUGCUCAUUGGUGUCCUUUAUUUGGAGUAAUGAAAUUUCUACCAAGUUUUGUAUUUCCAUUUGUAAAAGUACUCCAAAAAGAUCCUCUUUUAUUGUUUGAAAGUGUAGCAACAGUUUUCUUAAAUCAAUGUCAACUUUGGUUUGAAUAUGCUCCCUUUCCUCCAAUUAGUAUCUUAGCAAUGAUUGAGAAUAUACUAGCCGAACAUGAUCAACAAUUAUUAAAUCAUUUUUGUGAUUUGGGAGUGACAAGUCAGACAUAUGCAUUAAAAAUUUUAGAAACAGCUUUCAGUGAAGUUUUGACAUGCUCAGAAUGGUUAAUACUUUGGGAUCAUAUUCUAAGCAAUGAACCAGCUUUUAUUUUAAUGGCUGUUGUUUCCUACAAUAUUGUACAAAAAAAUGCCCUUAGAAGAUUACAGAGUCAUGAGCAGUUCGAAAAAUUUUUUCACAUGCAAAAUCCAAUUGACAAAAAGUCUUUUUUAAAGAAAACAUAUGUUUUACUAAAUGACACAAGUGAUGAGAUACAUCCUAGAAGAUUUUUCAAAACUUUCAUGGCUCUCGACAAGGGCACUUGCUAUCAACAAUUUACUGGUUAUCCAAAAGCAACAAUUUGCCUUAAAUUAGCCAAGAAAACAGGACGAAAAGCACGGAAAACAGAUAAAUAUAGCCUGAGAGAACUCACAACAAGAACUCAGGAAAAAGAAAUAAAUAAAAAGGGCUCAACUAAAAAUGACUCUAUAGAAAUUGAUAACAGUUCUGAAACUGAUUUGGAAGAAUAUGAUAAUCUCCUUGAUAGGCAAAUCAAAGCUAACAAGAAAAAUGCUCACCACAGCCAAGGUAAUGGAGAUCAUAGCAGUGCAAUAAAAGAUGAUUUAAUUAAUAGAAUAAAUUAUCCAACAGCUAAAUAUUCUCAUAAAAGUAAACGAAAAACUUAUAAUAAAACAAGUAAAAGAGAUUGUACAAACUGUAAAGCCUCUUCGAAUCUAAAACCAAAUAAGAGAACAUCAGAAAAAAAUACACUGAAUAAGGAAGUUGAGAAAUUGAUUAAAACUUGCAAUAACUCUGAUAGGUCACAGGAUUAAACAGUACGCAGGCCUCGGUAUUGUGGACUUCACAUUGCUAAAUUUCUUUCUUGAAGAACUGAGAUUGGCAUUAGCGUCAAUAGUUGUUUUAGCCACUCUUACAGGUGUUGUUACUAUUCUCGGCUUGAAUAAACCUAAAACAUA